CUCCACUCAUUCACAAACCCUAUCAGAAAUCAAUUAGGUAAAAUUCCUCCCUCCAUUCUUUCUUUACUCUCUCACCAAACCACCACUAAUUCCCCUCUCUCUUCCCCCCUCUCUCUCUCUAUGCAUACCUCUAACUUUGUAUUCAGGGAUUAAGUUCGUAACUUGAAGAUUGCUAAGUAUUCAACCAGGACAGACGGGACACAGUUAGUCUGAACGGACUUCAACAGGGUUUUUGAAAGAUAUCUUCGCAAAACGUUUUUCAGGGCAUGUGUUAAGGCAUUAUAUAUUUAUUGAAGAGGGAGAUUGGAGCUAAUUGAUUGGCAAAUCUUGGAAGUCAUGCCUGUUUCAGGGAACGAAGAUAAGACUCUGGUCAUUGCCCGACAAUCUAGUAAUUGUUCUACAGGGGUACCUAUCAAGAAACGGAGGUUCCCAUUGGUCAGGACUACUUCAUCUCCACCUCCAGAACCAUCUACGCAUCAUGCAGAAAAUGAUACUCCACAGAAAGAGCUUUGUAAGCCAACCCAGGACUCUUCCCUUUCUGAUGCUAGCAUUGUCACAAAUUCUCCUGGGAUAUCCGAUGCGAGCAAGAGUUCUUUUCGGAUGGAGAUGAAGGGAAGCCCUGCUGAUACGAACUUCAACCUAGUCCAAAACAAUGUUAACUUGUCUAGAGUGAAACUUGAAGAGCCAAGCCUCUCCAUUUUCUCAGGUUCUAUGGAUAAUAUGGACAGCAAAAAGAUGCUGAUUUCAGAUACCAAGCUGCAGUUAGCACCUAAUGAAGGACUUGCACUCAAUAAUGGGAAGGAAAUAGCUAUCAAAGAGAAAGUUCAAAGGGCUUGCAAACUUGAACUUUCUACAGUUACUGAGAAUGCUGACUUGUCGUUAGGGCUGAAGGAACCUCUUAUUCCAUCUUUGGCAGGUCAAAAUAUUGAACAGAGUUUCCAGAAACCAGAUAAAGUAGAUCCUCCUUCAUUCUCUUUGUCUUUAGGCAAGGGAAUACCCAUUGCUAAUAAUAAUGUGGAUGAUGAUAGAGCCCGGGUACCUGCGAACAGAUGUAAUUGGGAUCUCAAUACUACUAUGGAUGCUUGGGAGGGUUCUAUGGGUGAUGCCACUACUGCUGCAGAUCAAGGAGCUUUUGGUUUUGAUGGUUCAUCCAAUGGGAUUGGUGGUUUGCAAGAUGCGCAGCAGUCUACUAUAUAUUCAGCUGGAAUAGUUGGAGUUGGUGCUGACUUGGGGCAACCCUCAACUGGUGUGGGUGAGCAAAGAUCCUAUUCGCCUAUGUCGUCAUUAUGCGCUAGCAAGCAAUAUAAACCUGACGAUUCCCUCCAUCUACGCUUGUGUACCUCUUUUCUUCCCUCAAAUUUCAGUGUAGAAACUUCUGGUUUAUUAUCCAAAGUAGCAUCAAGCAGUAUUCAACCUAGUUCAAAUUUUCUUGGAGUGUUGUUGCCAACCGGAAACCCUAAUUCUGUUAGUUGUACGACAGUUAAAUUAGAAUCACAUGACGAGAGUGCUAAACCAUAUCUUGCAGAAGCAAGGGGAGAUCCUACGAGAUCUUUGGAUUUUAGAGCUGUUAAGCAUGAAGUGGUAGAGAAGCACAGUCUAGAAACUCUUAAAAAGUCAGUUACUAGCCCCCACAAAUUGGUUCAACACAUGCCAGUAAAAUCUGAGCCGGUUCAGGUGAAUCAGGAAACACAAAGAAAAGCUAAAGAGACAUCUUACCAAUCAGAUGGGAGGGUUGCACAAGGUGAGAAGAACUGUUCCUCCAUGCAUGUGAAGCCUUUAAAUUCCCAGAACCCAUGUCCUUCAGCGUUGCCUACUUGUUCAACAGAGUUGUCUAUGAGUGGGGAUCCGUCGAAACUACCAGAAUAUGCUGACUGUACUACUAAAGAAGUCAGCAUUAAUAGUGCAACACCAGAUGAAAGCUGCAAUAAUUUUGAUCAGGUUGCUUCAGAAACUGUUGUUCCGUAUGUAGAUCAUCAAAUUAUAGGAUCGAAUGUAUCUGAUGGGAUCACAGAAACUUUGGGUGCAAAAGAUUUAAUUAAUAAGGAGUCUGGGAAUUGUAGACAUACUGAGAUGCCUGGACUAAAUGUUACGAAUGACCAUACUACAGAUUCGCAUGGAAACGUUGAGGGAUCAGUAAGUGAUGAGGAAAAAUUCAACAUCUCUGAGGAAGAUUCUUUUAGUUCUGAUUUUGAGUCAGAUGGUAACCAUGCUCAAGUCGCUCCAGGGGAUGGAAGGGGCAGACAAUUUCGUGAAGAUGACGAGGAAUAUGAAGAUGGUGAGUUUCGAGAACAACUAUUGCAUGGUUCUAGUGAAGGACCCAUUGUUGAGAAAAGAGAAGCAGAAGAUGAUAACCUUGGUGGUUCUGACAUGGACAUAGGUUCUCCUUGUGAAGGCAUUAUUAUGGAACCUGGGGUCAAUGAAGAGGAAAGAAAACUGGAAGAUCGUUGUGAGACAAGUGAUGAGCACAUCAAAGAGUGUGUUGGUGCGGUCAUCAAUGAGAAAGCCAAUCAAGGCAUCGAUAAAGAUGGUUCAAUAAAGCUGGUUCACGUCAAAGAGUGUGAUAUUUCAUUGACAGUUGACGUAGCAGGAACUGGAUCUGAUGAGAAGAGUCACGUAAACAAUACUCCAAGGAAGCUACUUGAUCAAGUAGGAGGGAAAGAUACUCGGAAGGGUCAAGAAAUGGAGUUAUCAUCUGCUGGAGCUACUACUACUGGUAGCCAAGAUAGUGUAACAGCAGGUGUUCAGGAUGCAGGUGACAAUUCUAAAGGAACUGAAACUCUGGAAAAAGUUGAUUCAACUCUGCCAAAGACCGAUGCAUCUCUAAAUGUUGACGCUGCUUCUAAAGAUGCCAACACUGGAGGUAACCGGAGCCGGAUUAUUACUUUGCCUAGAGCUACAAAUGUCUCUCCUUGCAGAACAAGGUCUAUUCAAGGGAGGUCGUUUCCAUCACGAAGUGGAAGAGAGAGGUUUUUUGAUUUUGACGAAGAGAAUCCCCGUGGGAAUAGAGAUGAGAUCUACAAUGAUGGUCCACGCAAAUACAGUAGAGAUAGGUUUCAAGAUCAGUCUUUCAGAAAUUCCAGACAAAACUUCAUGCGUGGAAGAGGGAGGGCUUCUGGCCGUUCAGACGGUCAACGUGGUAAUUGGGAUUCCAGCCGCGACUUUCCUUCAGAGAAUUACAACAGUCCAUCUGAUUAUCGAUUUUCCAGGCAUAAGCGUGCUCCUCCUGAUGGGGAGCUUGAUUGUCGUGGUUUUAUCGCUCCUGUACCAAAUGGUGCUUUUAUAGGUUCUGGUAGGGGGGGAGGAAGGAAGCCAUUGAAUGAUGAAUUGCCUUCGUUUCGACAACCAUUGCCAAGGAGGCACUCCCCUGGAGGUAGGGAUGUGCCCGCAACACGUGGCAAUCAAAUGGUCAGAAGAAUCCCGAGAAAUAUUAGCCCAAGUAGGCACAUGGGUGAAGAUAGAUCAGAUAUGGUUGGGCUCAGGCGUGGUGACAAGUUUAUGAGAGGUUUGCCAGAUGAUAAUAGCAUGGAUAAUCCUGUAUUUCCGCGGCCCCAACAUUCUUAUGAUGGAGUGGAGAAUCAGUUUGUGAGGGGGAAUAGAAACUUUUCAUCUGUCCAACGAAGAGGGGGGCUUUCUCGAAUUCGUUCGAAAUCUCCAAUUCGCUCCAGGACUCGUUCCCCUGUCCCAUGGUCUCCUCCUAGAAGACGAUCCCCUGAUGGAUUUAAUGGGAUUCCGGAAUUAAUUCACAGGAGAUCUCCGGCUAAUAAUUACAGGAGGAGAUCUCCUCCUUAUAUCUCCCGACCCGGUAAUGAUUUGAGGGAUAUGGAAUCUGGAAGAGACCAUGGUCACCUGAGGUCUGCUAUGCCCAACAGGAGGAGCCCACCUGACCAGGUUUUACCUAGAAGGAGAUUUGAUAUUCUAGAUCCUCGAGAGAGGACGGAUGGUGAUGAAUAUUUUGGUCGAUUUAAUGAGCUUGGCGGUGACGGAAAUGGUGAUGAAAGGAGAAAGAGCGGCGAGGGUAGGGGGCCAGUUCGUAAUUUUAGGCCUUCUUUUAAUAAUGGCGCUGACGCUGAUAAUUUCCAUUUCCAUGUAGAGGAUGGCCCCCCUAGGCCUUAUAGGUUUUGUCCAGAACCUGGUCUGGAGUUCCUUGAAAGAAACGAUUUGAGGGAAAGGGACUUUGAUGGGCGGAUUAAGGGUAGAUCUCUUAAUGCAUCUAGGCGAACUAGAGCCAUGGAAGAGCAAGAAGGAAACUACCGGCAUGGAGGGCAGGAAUGGCGUGAUGACGGGUUUGAUGAUGUUUCCCGUGGGAAAAGGAGGAGAUUUUGACCUUAUCUAUUUGAUGCUACUCCAUGAACCAGAAACAGGUUUGUGUCUUAUGAGUUUGUUAGAGGAGCGGCUGGUGUACAUAGUUCUGGGCAGGGACCUUUUUGCAUUUGCCUUUUAACAUAGGGCAAAGUGUUUGCAUUUAGUUGUGGCAGUAAUGAGCCAGGAUCUGGGGAUGUCUUUGCAAAGAGAUGGAUGGAUCAGCAAGCUUAUAUAGUUUUACUAGGGAUGUCUCAUCUUAAAUAAAAGAAGGAUCAACAGAUCGGAUUAGUUUUAACUCUUUAUUUCCUUUAUGGUCAUAUUGGGUUGCCUUGAACCUAGGGCAUUGCUGCUUUACACUGGGUAUAAGUCAGUAAAUCGAAGCUGCCAGGUGGUGAUGACUUUUUCAUGUGGUAAUCUUUCCUUAGUCAUGCUUCAACAUCUGUAAUUUGACGUGGUUUGAGGCACUGCUUCUGGUACAAGACUACUGGCUCUUUCCUUUUUGCCUACUCCUGGGGUUAGCUGCAGGAUUUCUGUCCAAAGUUAGCAAGUUCUGUACUGCAAUAAAUUAUGUUGGUACUACAUAUUUCCUAUGGUAAUUUUCAAGAUGUCAGUUUUUGUAAGUUUUUUGGAUGGAGAUCUCCCAUUAUGUUUUUCUAUAGUAAUUGGAGCUCUCUAUAUGAUGAUACUUGUCAGCUGGGUCAGACCACUGAACAAGCAUGGAACACAUCAACGGAAAACCAGUUGCAACAUUUUGAGCCAUGGAAGAGAUCAUGAACUGGGCACUCGUACUAAUUACUUUCUGCUUCCCUGCAUUCCUUUCAUGGUCAUGUGGACUGUGGCACCUCUGAUUCUACCCAUGCUUCGAAGAGCAGAAAUUAGAUGACCUUUCUAAUGGGGACACCAGAAUCCUCUUCAUUCUCUUUGCUUCGUUAUCAAUUGAAAUUUCCUGUUCAAGGUGCUUAGUGCAAUAUGGUAUAUUUAGGUUACAGGAAAUGGUCGACAGGUAUUUAAGCAUUGUAAUUUAAAGGAAGAUUCCUGGUGGGAACCUCUCAUGAACCACGUGCAUUAUUGGUCCGAAGUUAUUUUGCGGAAUUCCACCUUUGAUGCUUUCAACGGUUAGCUAUCAGUGCCGUUGUGGUUUCUUUUUGUACAGAAGGCAUUGGCAGUAAAAAAAAUUGCGUUGCAGCCGUGCAUGCUGAUGUCUUCUACCAGAUCAAUGAAAGGUUAGUUACAAAAUCUCGUAAUUUCUCUAACCAAAAAAUAGUAUUGUUAGACUCUGUAUGUUACUAGAUUGUGGAAUCAAAAGCUGCUUCUUGAUUA